AUGGCUAAGGGACUACAAAAGAACCUAUCAAAAACAAAAGAAAUGAUAUCUAAGUUGGAGCUUCAAAAAAUAAAAUGGGAGGAUGAACUCUGCAGUUUGAGAUUUACUCUAAAACAAGAAGAACAAAAAAGAAUAAAUGCUGAAAGCUUAUAUGGAAAGAUUCAGGAGGAACUAACAAAAAGAGAAGAGCAGUAUAAGAAAGAAGUUGAAAUGAAACAAGAACUUGAAUUUAAUCUUAGAGCACUAGAUAUGGAAUUGAGGACUCUAAGAAAUAAUGUCAAUCUGGUUUCUAUGAGACAACUUCAAGAAGAACUGGCCAAUACCCUAAAAACACUGUCUAUGUCAGAGGCUUCACUGGAGGUGAAAUCACGUUCUUGUACGAAUUUAGAAGAUGAGGUAAAAGACUUAAAGGAAAAACUGGCUCAGAGUAAGAAUCAGGUUGAUGAUCUUACAGAAAAACUGGAAACUGUGUCUUCAAGAAACCAGGUUCUUAUUCAGGAAUUAUCAUCUAUGAAAGAAAUACAAACGAAAUAUGAAGAGCUAGAGAAGAAUAAAAAGAAGUUGGAACAACAAGUAGUAAAGCUCAGAAGUUGUAUAGAAGUCAACAUGUUAGAAUAUAGUGAAAUGGAACAAUAUAAACGGGAUUUUGAAGAAACUACAAGAUUGAACGUAGCAGAAAAAUUAAAAGAAGUUGAUCUAUUUUUAGAGAUGCAAGUAGCAUUUCAGGAAAGCUUAGCACAGGUAAGAGAAAAAAAUUAUGCUUCAGGAAGAAGUCAAAUGGAACUCAGAAUUAAAGAGCUGGAAUUUGAAUUAUCCAAAAUGAAAAAUUCUCAAGAUGCUACUAAAAGAGAAUUGGACCUAUACAAGCACCUCUACCAAGAAGAAGUAACACAUCGAAUGUCAUUGACAAAUGAACUGAACAAGACUAGUGCGGCCAAUAUGAGGCCAGCCCCAGAUCUGCCUUAUGGUAUAAAUGUUAAUAAUAAUAGCUCACUAUUCAAUAGAGAUGUUUCUCUAAGAGAAAACAUGGUGAUUGGUACCUCAAACUCAAGGCGUUCAAGUAAUGACAUCGAUACUUACAUCACCAAGAAAGUAACUUUUAUUGCUCACUAA